AUGAUACAAGAACAGGCUGACUACAAGUCUCUUGAUCUUGCUGAUAUCCUCGAAAGGCUAAAUACUCACGAGUUCCAGCUUGCUAAAAAGAGAGAUCUCUAUGGUUCGAGCUAUGGCAAACCACGUGCCCUGAAGGCCAAGGUUGUGUCUAAGUCUGAAUGUGAGGAUUCUGGUAGUAGCCUUGGUGAUCCUGAAGAAUUGAGCCAGGAGCUAGCACUGCUCGUGAAGAAAUUCCAGAAGUUUUCAAGACGUGGUCGCUUUGGAAAAUCCUCAAGAAGCAGUGAUUCCUCAUCAAGUGACUAUAAGAGAAGGCUGUGCCACAAGUGCAAGAAACCUGGUCAUUAUAUUCAAGAUUGUCCUCAGUGGGAAAAGGAAUUGAAGAAGAAGAAAUAUAAGGAUUACAGUUCUGAUGAUGCGAAGAAGAAGAAGAAAUCAUCAAAAUCCUCGAAGUCUUCAUCUCACAAGAAGAUCAGCUCCAAGAAGUCUCAGGCAUUCAUUGGCAAGGAAAUGGACUCUGAAGCUGAAUCUGAAGAAAAUGAGGAAGAGGAGGCGUCCGAAGAAUCCGAAUCUGGUGUGGCGAGUCUGGCCUUCGCUACUGCUUUCGUUAGCAAGUCCAUCUUCAACACUAAAGAAACUGACCCCACCGACAAGCCUGAUGAAGAUAAUGAUGACUACACUCCCACCUAUUGCUUCAUGGCAAAAGGUGCAAAGGUACUCAAAUACACCUCCUCUGAAUCUAGUGAAAAUGAAUCUGAUGAGAAUCUCAAGCCCAGCUACUCUAAACUUGCUAAGAUUGCUGCCAUUGCUCAUGUUGAUGAACAUGCCAUUGCUCAUGUUGAUGAAGAUGCUAUUGAUCAAGAUGAUGUGUAUGAGUCGGAUGAUGAGGGUCCACCGGAAGAAUUGGAUGAGGAUGGAUUCACGGCACAAGAAAAUCAAGUCUACAAGAAGGUCAAUGGCAAGGAAAGAGGGCCCUCUUUUUUUCACGAUCUUAGUCUUGCCGACAAGGCCGUUGUUGAUGGUGGCAUGAGGUUGUGUUUGGUCGAACCAUCAACUUACCCGAGGAUGGGUGAUCUAAGGCCACCGAGUGAGGAUGAGAAUGCUCAUUUGAAGAAAGGAAUCAAGUUUGGUUGUUUGCAAGAGUUCAAGAUAUGGUUGAGUGACUACGCCAUUCGGAACCAUCGGCCGUAUGUUGUUGGUCAUUCCAACCAAAUGUGCACUACACCAUCAAAUGUGACAAAGAAGGUUGCUCUAGAAGGUCCGUGGAAGAAAGUUAACGAAAUCGGGCAAGGGGAGUUGAAGAGUUGUGCGGCCACCCACGAGUGCAUACUGUCGGACAAAGCGGACCGAAGCAAGGGACACCGUCAACUCAUGUCUGCGUAUCUAGGCUACAAAUUGUUGAAUGAGAUAUCCCACAAUCCAACCGUGAAGGUGAAGUUACUCAUGAGUUUGGUCUUCGAACGAUUCGGGUACGGGGUCAAGUAUGGAAAUGUGUGGAUGGCCAAGGCAAACGCUAUAAGGAUGUUGCAUGGUGAUUAUGCCGCAUGUACAAUAUUCUUCCAAGAAUGUUGGGAGCCAUUGCUAAUCAGAACCUAG